UUUGAAAAAUUAAUGCUAAAGUUUUCAAUAUGCGCAAACCGUGACUAAGCUCCUUUAAUAAAAAUGUUUGUCGUAUUAAAUAAGAGAUCCUAAAAGGCUUUUGCAGUUGUAUUUAGUUUUAUUGCUUUGUAACUCUCUCCUGCUUAUUGCCUUCCAGCUCGGUCUAGUUUCGUGCUGAAUAUUUAAUGAUUUAAUAUUAUAUAACCUAAAAAAAAACUGUCAAGUCAUAACGAGAAGAUAUCUUCGCAGUGAAUCAAUUAUUACAUGUAAAACACUUUUGCCAAACCAUGCAAGAGCUUAAAAAUGCACUGACAAAUUUGUCAUUCCCAGUACCCGAAAAUAAAAUUCUCAUUAUGUUGUGGAUCGAGAAAAAUUUCAUGACCAGCCGUCAACUGAUUUAGCCAGGUUUGCUUAAACGUGAGAUGUUACUGCUGUGUCAUCAUUGUUAAUUAUUGCAUAAACCCGUUUGAAGCAGCUCAAUUUGCAAGUAGUUAUUUAUACAUAUCAGCACGUGCGUUCCCGUUAUCAGUUUUAUGGAUUAAAAGACGAUAUCGCCAAACCACGGUAACAAAAUUAACACAAAAUUAUUGGUUUCGAGUAUGAGAAAUUAUAAUCAUAAGAAAGUGAAACAGCAGUUGAAGCAAGGUGUGGGUUCUGACUGAAAGUGAGAAUUUUUUUUUAAGGGCAACACUAUUUAUUUAUGGCUGAAUCAAUAACUUCACAAUUUCUCAAGGACUUCCUGUCAUUUUUACCAUAUCCGUCAAACUUUGACAACUAGCAAUCACUCGGAAAUCUGUUUCUCUUGAUUUUAAGCGUAGGCGUAGAAUAUGUACUCUUGUAUUGUUUUCCAGGGUUGUUUGAAUGCAUAGCUGCCGGUGUUUCAUUUUUCUCCCUCUAGUUAUUAUUGGAAAUUAUUUUACAUAUGAUUUCGUCUAUGUAGGUAACAGAAUCACGGAAAGAGAAUUCCCAGUGUAAUAUUUACUUUUUGCCUUUCUUAUCUUUCAAUCUUUCAUUAAAACUAUUUCACAGUGCUUUUUGUGCUUAAAUGCUCAUUUUUUAACAGGGCGAGCAAUUCUCGCUUAGAAGUGAUUUGUAGAACCUUAAGGCCAUGACGCAUUCUUUCCAUUAUGUCACGUUCAACAAAAUUGAUUGGUUUAGUUAUAAAAACGUUUGACUCAUUUAAAUACUGAAUGAGCGUGCUUGAAAAGGUUAACUGAAAAAACUCCAUCUUGAAAUAUUGUACAACAUCAUUUUAAGUUCUCUUAGUUUAGGUUUUGAGCUGGAAGUAUCGCGAGACCGAGGUAAUGUUUGGUUUUUUACUUAUUACGUUUGCUAUUCGAAGUAAACACUUAAUCCUAAAAAUAGUCAGUUUAUUUAACGCAUCUUAGAAAAUUUUCGAAACACUGUGCGUCACAGAAAAGAAACUACUUCAAGAGACAAUAACAUGCAAAAGAAUUGGUAAAUGAUCAUCAAUUUUACUCUUGAAGUUCUAAGUAAUGGAGUCUUCACUAUUUAUGCUAUUUGCUGGGAAUAGCAGGUCGAAAUCAUAUCCGGGCCUUUUCAUUAACAUUCCAUUUCCGUCCAAGUGAAAUGGUAAAUAAAUUUUCAGGGACAUUAUUUGCGCCGUAAAAAAGUUAGUGACAGCGGCAAUUUGACGCCAAUUGAGAUAAUGACAGCUGCAACUGACCGUUUCGGCUCUUUAGCCCUCGUACAUGGCUUGGUUUUAAAUCCAGCCCUGACACAUAUUUCUUUCUAAGUUUGCUGUGUUAAAACCACGAGGCGUGGUCAGAAAGUAAAGCGACUUACAGGGAGGUUCGAAACUGAAUUGUGACAAAUUGUAAAGCGUCGUCUCAUCAAGUUAUACUAACGAACUGAGAACUGUGUUUGAACAGCUGCCAGUGUGCUUUCGUAUCACUAGAAGGCGAUCUUUAACUUUUUUUAGCUUGGCACGUUCAAAGCGAAUUCAAUUUAAAACAGCAGUUGUUGUUGGAAACCUCAAUGAAGAAAAAGAAAAGAUCUCGCGACUUCACACCAAUCGCAUUAGAACUUCGGUAAACGCUGAUAGAUUGCAAUUAAGGGGUUUGACAAUCAUCAGUUAGUUGAGGAGCGAGAACUAAUUUACUUUUUCGGAGUUUCGUGGCCUGUAGCAUUGGACUGGUUUCGACAUCCGGCGAGAGAGUUGUCAGAAAAUGGCUGUCGUUGCGAAUUCGUGUCAAGGGGUGCCCGCGCCCACAGCUCUCUCGUUUAUAACAGCAUCUCUAUCUUUAUUUCUCGCCAUUAUCACUGUCCCUGGAAAUUUCUUGGUCUGCCUUGCUGUGUUCAAAGACCCGUACAAACGCCUCAGGUCGCCGUUUACUUUCUUUGUAGUAAGUCUUGCCGUUUCUGAUCUGAUCGUCGGCAUGGUGACGGAACCCAUUUCGGUUUGGCUUCACUUUCGCGAGGGAUUUUCCCUGGAGAUCAAUCACAUUUGGUUGAUUCACAUGUCGUACUUUAUCUCUUGUACCGCCUCCGUGUUGAAUCUGGCUGCUUUGACUGCAGAUCGCUUUACAGCGAUAACCUAUCCUCUUCAAUACAGGGCAAGGUUUGGCACCAAGCGAGCGGCAGUAAUCGCGGCUCUUAUUUGGUUCCUGUCGUGCAGUUUGCCGUUUGUUUACCUGGAGGUCGGAUAUUUGCUGUACGCGUUUGUAUUUGCAAACACUGCCAUCGCGUUGACCUUUAUCAUAUUCCUCGUUACUUAUGUUGGGUUUUUGCGUAGUAUGAGAGCCCAGGUGUCGGAGUUGGAAAUGGUGCGAGAUAGCUCACAAACUGAAGAAAAUCGAGCGAGAAGACGAACUGCUGCUAACGAGAGGAAUGUCACCAAGGCAUUCAUGUUGAUGCUAGGCUUGUUUCUGUGUUGCUACACUCCGUCUUGUGUCAUGAUAUACGUUAUGAACCUGUGCUCGUCCUGCAGUUGUUAUGCAAUCCACAUUCUUCGAGAUCUUCAGUUCCUCUUCGUGUUGGGUUCCUCGGCGCUAAAUCCAUUUCUUUACGCCUGGCGUUUACCUAACUUUCGAAAGGCGUUUGUUAGGAUUUUGCGUUGGCGAAAAGUAAACGAGGAAACUGCACCUGCUAACACGCUAGAGAGCGCGGGGAGAGUACCCGGCACGGUCGAUAGAUCACCUUGAAUGCAUGCGAGGACACUGAACUGGCUAUUUGUUAUAUACAGUGGAAUCCCAAUUUCUCAAACUUCCAAGGAGAACGAAAAUUGAUCAAGUAUAUCGGAAGUCCAAGAUAUGGGUGUAAAACUACAGAGAAAUAAAUCAUAGUUAAUGAAUAAAUCUAACGACCUUUGGUUCGAGUUAUGCCGCGGAGGUUCUAAAAAUCAGGAUUCCUCUGUACUCGGCAUCUUCCGAAAAAAAAAAGAAGAAGAAACAGAAACAAUAGUAGCGAUAAAAAGAAAUCUUUUUACUAGUGAAUGUCAACGAAAGGGGAGGGCGAGUUCAGACAUUGCCUUCCAGCUUCCAGUUUUCCUUACUCCCUUAGGGCUUAGGAGCGCUUUAAUUUACUGAUUUAUUGCUUCUUUAAUUGGUAUUCUGAGAAUUAGCUGAGGGAAAUUUCAUUUACUGACAUAUGAUACGGGGAGGAUUCCUUUCCACAAUCGCUAGGAUUUUCUCGUCAUCUGUGUAUGAUUGCUGUAUAAACGCGCAGCUUUGUAUCAUGUUUAGAAACUCUGAAGAAAUGUGCAGAAAGAAAAGAAAAAAUGUCAUUCUGAAAAUUCAUUUAUCCUUGCAGUCAAGUAGACAGGUGAUUAGAGUUUAACGAAAAUCGUUUAAGAGUCAUUAUCAGACGACGAAGUUAAUUCAGAAGACCAUUUAUGAAAACCGACCAAUCAGAUUGCUCUGUAGCCCGUCUAUAUUUUUCAAGUAUUGGACCAGGCACUCUGCCGAAGGUCUUGUAAUUUUUAUGGCUUUCUUCUCACCAGGAGAUAUCUUGCACAUUAAAGGUUCUUUUGUUUCUUUUGUGUUAAUCCAACUUCAGUUCUUUUCCUGCUUUUUGAAAACGUCAAAUUGGAGUAAACUCUAAGACGGUUAUUAAUCAGAAUUACGCGCAUGAAGAUUAUAUUUUCUUUCCAGCCUGUGAUCGUGGGAUUUUUUUCUUAGCAGUUCAGGCGUGUAACAGAUCAUCUCAGUUUUGAUAACCAAGUACCACAUAAAAGGUUCUUUUGUUUUUUUUUAAUCCAAGUUUCUUUUCCUUCUUUUUUGAAAACGUCAAAUUGGAGUAAACUCUAAAACGGCUUUUAAAAGAUUAUAUUGUCUCUGCAGCCUGUGAUCAUGGGAUUUUUUUCUUAACAGUUCAGGCGUGUAAUAGGUCAUAUUUUGAUAACCAAGGAUAAUCAGGGCCUUGCUGGGAAAGUAUAAGCCCUUGGUCUUUUUUGUUUGUAUUAUCAAUACCUCGGUCUCAUAUUUUCCAUCUACGGCCUUGGUGCUUGGUUUAUAUGCAUUGUCCUGUUGUACCACAAAAUUUUCAAAACUAACAUUACAGGGAUUGUAUAUAGAUUAACCAGGAGAAUUGGCAGAAAAAUACGUUUUAGAUGUCUUGUAAGCAAAUAAGUAUUAGCCUUAGUAUAGUUUAAAUCUGUCAGUGUUUCUUGAAAUGGUUUUAAACUCCUUGAAAUAAACGUUUUGUGUUUUGCUGUCAUGUUUGAGUGUUGAGUUUUGUAUAGAGUCAUCUUCAUUUGGAAAGUAGAAUUUACAUCUAGAUAUUUAGUUGCGUCUGCACAUGUAUGUUCAUUUUAUAAAACGCGCUUGUCAGCUAUGAACAACUUGAAGACUGAGGUGUUCGUUUAGGAAAUUAGGGACCUUUAGAUCAUAGUAGGAGUAAGAGAUUGUGUACGAACGGCGACUUUUUAUGCUUUCCAUUAUCACGUUUCACGCCAGUGUCUCGCGGAUAGUGUCAUAUUCAACUGGCCAGUAACGGGGAGGAGCGAGGGCACUGGGAACGUAACUAUACUGCAAUAUGAAAGUCGUAUUCAUGUAGUCAUAGUUA